AUGGCUAGACCCGCUCAUAAGUCAGAGGAAUACGUAAAUGAUUCUGAUCUUGAUGACUCAGUGUCAGAUGAAGAACCACAAGAAUAUCAACCACCAAAAAAUUACAAUAAAAUAUCUACAUCGUCAUCUACAAAAAAUUUAUCAAAAUUAAAAGAUAAAGAAAUAUGGUUAAUAAAAACUCCUAAAAAUUUCCCAUUGGAGAAAUUGAAAACUUUACCAAUCACAUUCACAAGAAAUAGAGCUUCCGAAACUUUUAACAUAAACGGAUCAUCCUACCAAUUUGAUGAAGAAUUAAUUUCAACUAACGAUAAAACUAAAAUCAUACCAGAAGAAAUAAACAACAAGCAUAAAAUAUUCAUAAAUAAGAAAGAUAAUUACAAACCUAUAGAUUCAGAUUUUGCACGUUUCUACAAUCUAAAAGAAGUAGUAUCAAUACCUCAAAUUGACUUCGAUAAAGUAAGAAUACCAAGAAAAGAUGUUCCCAAGUUAAAAAAAUUAAGAAUGAGACAUUACCCAACAGGUUACGACCAAAAAGACUUUGACGUGUAUGACUCAUCAUCAUCAGAUGGAGAAGGUGCAGCAAUAGAUAGAAUUAUAGAUGAAAAUGAUGAAACUGUUGAUAAAACUUUGAAAAAAGCAAAAGUUGAUGUGGAGGGGAAACAUAAAGAUACCGCUAAGACCAAUGAAGCAACUGAACAUCACCAUCAUAAACAGAAGAAGGAUAAAAAGGAUAAAAAGGAUAAGAAAGAUAAAAAAAAAUCAAAAAAGGAUAAAAGUUGA